ACUCCUCUGUCCUGCAGCUUCUAUUCCAAGGACAGCGAAGGCAGCUGGUUCCGCUCCCUCUUUGUCCAUAAGGUGGAUCCCCGGAAGGAUGCCCACUCGACCCUGCUGUCCAAGAAGGAGACCAGCAACCUGUACAAGAUCCAAUUUCACAAUGUGAAGCCUGAGUGUCUGGAUGCCUACAACAGCCUGACGGAGGCUGUGCUGCCCAAGCUGCACCUGGACGAGGACUACCCGUGCUCACUGGUAGGCAACUGGAACACCUGGUACGGGGAGCAGGACCAGGCAGUGCACCUGUGGCGAUUCUCCGGUGGCUACCCAGCCCUCAUGGACUGCAUGAACAAGCUCAAGAACAAUAAGGAGUACCUGGAGUUCCGGAAGGAACGGAGUCACAUGCUGCAGUCCCGGAGGAACCAGCUGCUUCUAGAGUUCAGCUUCUGGAACGAGCCACAGCCCCGGGCGGGCCCCAACAUCUAUGAGCUGAGGACCUACAAGCUCAAGCCGGGGACCAUGAUCGAGUGGGGGAACAACUGGGCCCGGGCCAUCAAGUACCGGCAGGAGAAUCAGGAGGCAGUUGGUGGCUUCUUCUCGCAGAUAGGAGAACUCUACGUCGUGCACCAUCUCUGGGCCUAUAAAGACCUGCAGUCCCGGGAGGAGACUCGAAACGCUGCCUGGAGGAAGAGAGGCUGGGAUGAGAAUGUGUACUACACAGUCCCCUUGGUGCGACACAUGGAGUCUCGGAUCAUGAUCCCCUUGAAGAUCUCGCCUCUCCAGUGAUGUUGCCUUCACCCCCAGGGCAGCCCCGGACCGAGGUGCUUCCAGUCCUGCUCACACCCCUUCAUCUCACGCUGGAGGGGUUUGAGGGUGGCGCCAGUUCAGGCAAAGGGGCAAUGAAGGACAACAGGUCUGAGGACUGGCAGCUCUGCACAGACCCUGCCACCUUCCCUGCCCUCCUUCUUCCUCUCAUGUUGGAAAGCUUCUUGUCUCCCUGACCUCUGACAAGAGCUGCAGCCCGCCAUCUGUCUUCCACACCUUCCCCUAAGAUGCCUGAGCUCAUGACGCCCCAGCCCUGGUUACUACCACAGAACCCCCCCCCCCAGUUCACUUUAGUUGUACAAAGGGUAGUGUGUCCAGUGUGAGAGAUGGAGUCGGAAGCCAGUGGUUAAGACUGGCCAGGUUCCUGGCCUCCACUGGGCCCACACACUCGCUAGACUAUCUGAGCCAAGUCCCUCCUGCUGCCCACGGCCUGGAACUGCCCCAAACUCUCACAGUCACAAGAUUAGGAGGUCAAGACAUUCCACUGAGUAAGGCCUGGAGACAAGAUGGAGCAAGGAGCACCUGGGUUUGAGUUGCAGCAUCUGGAAUCCAACACUAGGAAGACAG